UGACGCAGUCCUUCGGGCGCCGCUUUCUGACGCUCCGGGACCAUGGGCUCUUGGACAAAGCGCAACAGCUGCCUGGCGGCCGGCUUGCUGCAGAACCAAACGGCCAUCGUCACCGGCGGGGCCACCGGCCUCGGAAAGGCCAUCGCGAAGGAACUUCUGCACCUGGGUUGUAAUGUGGUCAUUGCAUCCCGGAAGAUUGAAAGACUAAAAUCUGCAGCAGAUGAACUGAAAGCUACCCUACCUCCCUCCAGCAAGGCUCAGAUCACUCCCAUACAAUGCAACAUCCGUAAAGAAGAGGAGGUGGAUAGUUUGGUCAAGUCUACCUUAGCUAUUUAUGGUAAGAUCAGUUUCUUGGUAAACAUGGAGGAGGGCCAGUUCCUGUCUCCUUUUGAAGACAUCAGUUCAAAGGGAUGGCAUGCUGUGAUUGAAACCAACCUGACAGGCACCUUUUACAUGUGCAAAGCAGUUUACAAGCUCUGGAUGAAGGAGCAUGGAGGAUCUAUUGUAAACAUCAUUAUCCUUGUUAAAAAUGGAUUUCCUUUAGCCGCGCACAGUGGAGCUGCAAGGGAAGGUGUUUACAACCUCACCAAAUCCUUAGCUUUGGAAUGGGCCAGCAAUGGAGUGAGGAUCAAUUGUGUUGCUCCUGGAGUAAUCUAUUCCAAGUCUGCUGCUGAUAACUAUGGUGAUAUUGGACAAAACUUAUUUGAAAGUGCAUUUCAGAAUAUCCCAGCUAAACGAAUAGGAGUUCCUGAGGAGGUCUCAUCCAUUGUGUGCUUCCUGCUGUCUCCUGGUGCUUCCUUUAUCACUGGACAGUUGGUGAAUGUGGACGGGGGCCAGUCUCUGUACACACACUCGCACAACAUACCAGAUCAUGACAACUGGCCCGAGGGAGUUGGGGACCUUACUCUUGUCAAGAGGAUGAAGAAAUCUUAUAAGGAGAAAGCCAAACUCUAAGCCAAGGACAAUCAGCUAUCUUUUGUUCCUGAGUGCCUUAACAUCUUGAGAAUGUGCAUCUGUACUUUAUAAGCACUUAUAAUUUGUUUAGGAAAAAAAAAUUGCUUCUUUUUUAAUGCUAUUAAUUAUAACUAAGCAAAAACUAUUCCUGAAAUAAGUUCAUUUCAAUGCCCUAACCCA